ACAACAACAUGAUGGACCUGUUUGAGACCAACUCUUAUUUUUUCAACGAUUUGCAUUAUCUUGAGGGGGACCAUGGGACCUUGGAUAUGCCUGGAGUGUCUCCACUCUAUGAGGGGAACGACAGCCCUCUUUCCCCGGGACAGGAUCCAGUCCAGUCUGAAACAGGGUGCGAGAGCAGCGGGGAGGAACACGUCCUUGCGCCGCCGGGGCUUCAGCUGCACUGCGAGGGCCAGUGUCUCAUGUGGGCUUGCAAAAUCUGCAAAAGAAAGUCAGCACCGACGGACAGGCGAAAAGCUGCCACUCUGAGAGAGAGAAGGCGGCUCAAAAAGAUCAACGAGGCAUUUGACGCGUUAAAGAAAAAGACGGUGCCCAAUCCGAAUCAGAGGCUACCCAAAGUGGAGAUUUUACGCAGUGCGAUCAACUACAUCGAGAAACUACAGGACCUGUUGCAUUCGCUGGAUGAGCAAGAUCAGAACUCUGACAGUGACCAUUACACGUAUACUGCCAAAGACAACCAUGUGGCUACGAGUGAGUAUCACUGGAAAAAGAACUGCCAAAGCUGGCAGAGGAAUCUAGAUCAUUCCAGCUCCCAGAUGGCCAGAAACAGAGAAGGAGCCGCAGUAGAGUCUUCAGCGUCCAGCAGCCUUCGUCGCCUCUCCUCGAUUGUUGACAGUAUUUCCACUGAAGAGACGAAAGCACGCUGUCCCGACCACAUCUCAGAAAAGUGAAGCUCAAACAUCCACCUCACAUUUCCGACUUUUUAUUAUUUCCAUGAAUGUUUUACAUGUUAUAGGUGGCAUUUUUACAAUAACUUUCAUUAAUAAAUUAUGAACAAACAUUAAUUACAUAAUACUAUAAUUUAAUUAUAAUUGAUCUGUUGUUAUAAUAACAGAUCAGUAGAUAAUGUACACACAAAUAAGAAAAUCAAAGUUUCAUAACAUUUCUAACCAUCUGAAUGUACAUUAGGAUGAUUCUCACGAAAUCUGUCAAGAAAAUGUCCUGGUCACACUUAACCCCAAAUCAAUACAAUAUAUAUUUAUUUAAGCAAUAUCACACGAGCAAGAGUGCGAUAUGGCCCUACAUCAGCACUGCUGUGAUUCAGCCGAGUGCUGUAGGCAAUCAUAGAAACCGCUAUGUGCUCCGCCAUUGUUAACAGUAUGUCCUCUAGGGAUGGGUGGAUCGAUUCUAAAGUAUUGAUACUUUCGAUAAUGAUGUUGUAUCAAAAAUAUUGAUCCUCGGGGGACCUGGGUAGCUCAGUGGUAAAGACGCUGGCUACCACCCCUGGAGUUCGCUAGUUCGCUUGUUCGAAUCCCAGGGCAUGCUGAGUGACUCCAGCCAGGUCUCCUAAGCAACCAAAUUGGCCCGGUUGCUUGGGAGGGUAGAGUCACAUGGAGUAACAUCCUCGUGGUCGCUAUAAUGUGGUUCGUUCUCAGUGGGGCGCGUGGUGAAUUGAGCAUGGAUGCCGUGGUGCUGUGAAGCCUCCACACAUGCUAUGUCUCCGUGGCAACGCGCUCAACAAGCCAUGUGAUAAGAUGCAUGGAUUGGCAGUCUCAGACACGGAGGCAGCUGGGAUUCGUCCUCCGCCACCCAGAUUGAGGCAAAUCACUACGUGACCACGAGGACUUAAAAGCACAUUGGGAAUUGGUCAUUCCAAAUUGGGUGAAAAAGGGUAAAACUCCCCCCCAAAAAUAAAAAUAAAUAUUAAUCCUCACACAAAAAUAUUGAUUCUAAAAAAAAAUUUUUUUAACUAGGAAUAUAUAUUAUUUUGUAACCAUGAACAUGAACAAUAAUCAUAAGCUUCAAAGUGAAAUAAAAUGGAUUAGGCUAUAUUAGCAAAUACUUGUUCAGGAUGGGUAUUAUUUCUUAUUCCACUCAUCUUAACAUGCAUCCUGAAAGACACAAGCAGACAAGCGUUUACGCCAUGACACAAGGCUCAUUCAAACAAGAGGGAUCAGUGCCUUGUAGAGGUAAUGAUAGAAAAUCAGAGAAAUAGCUUGUGGAGUAAAUUCAUGCUAAAAUAACAACAUAUCUAAAGGUGACAUUUCUUAUAAUGAGUUUGUGUGUAAUUGUUGUUAAUAAGUCAUUUAAAAAAAAAUUGUUAACCAUGGUUUUACUAAAGUAAUAUAGUAGUAACCUUGUUAUUUUUAUUUUAUUUAUUUUUUUGGCCUGAAACCAUGGUUUUACUACAGUAAUAUUGUAGUAGUAACCAUGGUUAAUUGUGUGGUAACUAUGGUUUAACUAAAAACCAUGGUUAAACUAUAGUUACUGUAGUGAAACUGGUAAAUUUUUGUAAGGGUAAACAAAACAGAAAUCUAAUAAUAUUCUGUUUAGGCUCAUAAAUGUAAAAAAAACACAAAAAAAAACAACAACAAAUAAAUAAUGACUUAAAUUAUGACUAAAAUAAUAUUUUAAAUUACCCAUUUUAUUCCAAGAAAUCACAAAACAAUUAAUUUAAUAGAAGUAUUUGUAUUGGUAUUGGUAUCGGUAUCGACUUGAAAUUAUGGGUAUACAAAGUGAAGUGUCCGAGUGCUGAUGUUCUGAGACAUCAGUACUCAUGGAACGUCUCUUGUCCAACCAGAUUCAAGUACUGGAACUAACUGUUGUGUAUAUAUAUAUAUAUAUAUAUAUAUAUAUACUGUAUAUAAGUGAGUACUACUAUGAUGCAUACACACUUUACAAAUUUAAAUAGCAUAUAGUUUUUUAAUGUUUCUGUAAUGAGAAUUACUUUAUUAUUAUCUAUAUUUUUCAGAUUGCAAAUGUGCAAAACUGUCUUAAUAAUAAUGUCACAAUUUUAAAAUCUUUAUGGCCAUGAAAAUGGGCUUCAUUUCAUAUCGGCAAAAUAUAAUUUCUUAUUUGAUUUUGGAGUAAAUAGGACCAGGACAUUUUCUUGACAGGUUUAGGUACAAUCACCCUUUUAACUUUACACUUGAUGUUUUUAAAUGUUAUCAAAGGAUAGUUCACCCAAAAAUGAAAAUUCUCUCAUGAUUUACUCACCCUCAUGCCAUCCCAGAUGUAUGACUUUAAU